AUGUUGGGAAGCUUAGCCUCCAUUAUUCCAGAGAGAAAAAAUGCCCAUCACAGCAUCCGGCAAAGUCUGGACUCUCAUGAUAAUGUUGAAAUCCAUCUGCUUCUCCAGUACUUGAAGGAGGAUCCCAGAAAAGCAGUGAAAAGACUCGCCAUUCAGGAUCUCAAGCUCUUGGCUAAAAAAGCUCCUCAUUUGUGGACCAGGAAGAACAUACAGGUGCUAUGCGAAUGUGCUCUCAGCACCCCGUACAACAGUCUCAAGCUGGGAAUGCUGUCUGUCCUCUCCACGCUAUCCGGUACCAUUGCUAUUAAACAGUACUUCAGCCCUAAUACAGGUGAGGCGUCUCCAGCGCCCCAUCACACUGACCUGGUGAAGCUGGCACAGGAGUGCUGUUACCAUAGUAACCUGGCAGUGGCAGCCCAUGGAAUCACAGUGUUGACCAGUAUCGCCAUUUCCUGUCCAGAGAAAGAAGUCAUCCAGCUGGAACAAGAAACAGUGAUGGGGAUGGAGUCUCUCAUUCUGCUCUGCAGUCAAGAUGACAGUAAGACUGCGCAGGACACACUUAAAACAGUGCUCACCUCUUUGGUGAAGAUGUUGAAGAGCUGUCCUCAUCUCAGUCAGAGUUCUGUGGAGCUCCUGCUGGCGCAGCUGCACUGCGCGUGUGACUCUGCGCGGGUGCUCAUGUGUCAGGCUCUGGCUGCUAUUGCCACACAGCAGCCGGUGCUGGCAGAGGGAAUGCUGGGAGACCUGCUGGACCUCUUCAGGGUGGCAAGUCACAGAACCUCAGAGAAACAGCAGGAGCUUCUGGUUUCCUUGGCAACAGUAUUAUUCGUGGCCAGUCAGGCUUCACUCUCGGCCGAGGUAAAGACGGUGAUCAGGCAGCAGUUGGAGAAUGUGGCCAAUGGGUGGACCGUGUACCGCAUUGCCAGACAGGCCUCCCGCAUGGGCUGCCAUGAUUUUUCUCGGGAGUUGUACCAGAGCCUUCGUACCCGCGUGGCCUCCGAGCACUUCUACUUCUGGCUGAACAGUCUGAUGGAGUUCUCUCAGGCGGAGCAGUGUCUCAGCGGCCUUUCAGAUGGAGACUACAGCGCAGCCAUGAGCGCCAUUUCUGAAGCACUCAAAUCCUACCAGAAGGGAAUUGCUUCUCUCACGGCCGCCAGUACGCCGCUGAGUCCUUUGUCAUUCCAGUGUGAGUUUGUGAAGCUGCGUAUAGACACUCUUCAGGCCCUGUCCCAGCUCAUCUGCACCUGCAACAGUCUGAAGACCAGCCCCCCUCCUGCCAUCGCCACAACCAUCGCUCUGUCCUCAGGCAGCGAGCUGCAGCGCUGCGGCCGCAUUUCAUCACAGAUGAAGUUAUCCAUGGAUGAAUUUAGAAGUCUGGCAGCUCGCUAUGCCGACCUGUAUCAGUCUUCGUUUGAUGCCGACUACGCCACCCUCCGUAAUGUUGAACUGCAACAGCAAAGCUGCUUGCUUGUGUCUUAUGUUAUUGAGGCUUUAAUAAUUGAUCCGCAAACGGCCAGUUUCCAGGAGUUCGGCACACACGGAUCAGUACUGGCAGAGAGCGAGUAUGAACUGAAAAUGCUGGCUGUGUUCAAUCACGUCCUGGAGGAAGUGGAAAACUUAAGCAGGAAGCACCCUCCUGUCUCUUACCUGCACACUGGCUGUCUGUGUGAUGCUGUCAUAGCCAUUUUGAAGGUACCACUGUCAUUCCAGAGAUAUUUCUUCCAGAAGCUUCAGUCCACCAGCAUUAAACUUGCUUUCUCUCCAUCUCCUCGUACACCAAACGAGCCAAUCCCAGUACAGAACAACCAGCAGCUGACUUUAAAGGUGGAGGGGGUGGUGCAGCACGGUUCCUCUCCAGGCAUGUUCCGCAAGAUUCAGGCCGUCUGCCUCAAAGUCAGCUCUACUUUACAGACAAAACCAGGAUCCGACUUCAAGAUUCCUCUUGAUUCCAAGACCAAUGAGAUUGAGCAGAAGGUGGAGCCUCAUAAUGAUUACUUCAGCACACAGUUCCUGCUCAACUUCUCCAUCCUGGGCACUCACGUCGUCUCUGUUGAAGCCUCGGUUGUAGAUACCAGUGGGAUCGAAUGGAAGACGGGACCGAAAACCACCGUAUCAGUCAAGUCUCUGGAAGACCCUUAUUCCCAGCAGCUGCGCCAUCAGUUACAGCAGCAGCAGACCGGCCCACAGCCGGGACCCCAGAGGAACAUCGGUCCCCGCCAGUGACCUCCAACCCUCAUCCACCGCGUAUCGCCUAUACACUGCUGAUUGAUAAGCUUUCUUAUUUGCAUUAUCUAGUGUUUUGUACGAGUAAACAUCUAUCUGGUUAAUGUUUCCUUGUGUAAUAAUAAAUAGGGCUACAUUUUCUUCAGUUGUAUACCAGAA